UAGGCGGGGCACCGCGGGGUGAGUGUCGGCGUCCAGAGCGCCACACAGUCGGUGGAGGGAGGCAGGGGGAAGCACGGAGCAGAGCUGGAGGUUUUUAAUCGACUAUGGUUCAUCUGGGAUUGUAACCUGCAUAAAACUUUUUUAAGGCGAAGACGUUGACCAGAUAAAUGUGGCUAUGGAAGAAGAGAGCCAAAACUUGACAUCCUGCUGUCCAUCUCAGACCGGCAGCAGCUCCUCCACCCCUGAUUUACCAACACCUGGAAACCACAGCAGCAGCAAUAGUGACAGCCCGACCCACCACCUCCCCCGCCAUGGCACUGUCAUCCCCAAUCGGAUUUUUGUCGGGGGGAUUGACUACAGGGUUAAUGAGAGCGACCUGCGACACGUCUUCUCACAGCAUGGUGCAGUCAAAGAGGUGAAGAUUGUGAUAGAUCGCUCAGGAAUGUCAAAGGGAUAUGGGUUUGUUACAUUUGAGUCCCAAGAAGAUGCACUGAGAAUCCUUCAUGAUGCCAAUGGAAUCUGUUUCAAAGACAAGAAGCUCAGCAUUGGUCAGGCUAUCCGCAAACGGCAACCUUCAGGACAAACUAAAAGUGUCCCUUUGGCCGGCCCCAACCAUGCCAUGCCUCUGCCGAUGUCUUGCGGGACCCUGCACCUGACCACCUCCACAGGCUAUCCCUACACCUACCACAACGGAGUGGCCUACUUCCACUGCCCCAACACGAAUCCUCCUGCCCAGCACUGGCCGCAUACUCCUUCAGUGAUGCUCCCUCAGUCCCAUCAACCUGUCUACCAGCAACCAGCAUAUCACCAAUACCAGUGUGUCCCAAACCAGUAUCAAUGGAAUGUCGUCCAGUCACCGAUGCCCUCCAGUCCAGUCGUUUACCCCCAGCAGUCAGAAUAUCUGUACCAGCCCACUGAUGGAGGCUUUGUCCAGGACACUAUGCCAGAGUAUGUAGAGCCCUCGGUGCAGCAGGUUUACUCUGUGUAUCCUCAGAGAACAGAGGGAAUGACACCCAUUGUUCCGCAACGCGACCCUGGAAAGAAUCGGAUGUUUCCACACUCGCGGAUCCACCUAAAGCCAAAGUACCGCCGCUACGCCCAUCACAAGGACUAUCACUGCCUGCCAGAAGCAACAGAGCCACUAGACGCCUCCAUGCUUUACACAACCUCUUAUGUAGGCUAAACCCACAGACAGCUUUUCAAGAGUUGUCGUGUUUCAUGGGAUUUCAGAGCCUCUUUCUUAAGAUGAUAAUUUUGUCUGUCGCACCUGUUCCCACCAACUCUCCACAGCCAAGGUAAGCUUUCACCUUGUAGGCCUCACAGAUGUUACGGAAAACUUGCAGCUCUCACCUGAUAGUUUGAUCCAGCUGGAUGAUUGAAGUUGAGUCCACAUUACACUGGCUCACAUUACAUACUGUACAUUACAGUUACAGUGGUUGCUCUUCACAAAUUUUUCCUCAAUUAACACACAUAAACUUAGCAAUAAUAUAAAUCAAGCUUUCUCUGUAGUAGUUGUGACAUAAUACCUUGGAGGUGAAUAAACCAUACAUUUGCUCUUGAUUACAGCUAAAAUUUAAGUACAUUGUCCCACCAAAGUCUCAAACCUGAAUUCUUUUGUUCAGCUUUUAUCAGAUAAUACUCAAUUUAGUCUUAAAACCUUACAAAUUUACAAUAUUAAAAACAAAGUCACUUUGAAUAAUUCUAUUUUUAAACCCGUACAUCAUUCCUAAUAAUAAAACAUUCACUGAAACGUUGCUAAAAAUCUGCAACAAACAGGAAGCUCAAAUCUACCAUCUCUCAAUUUUGACUUGAACAUAACUUGAACCCUUUCUUUGUUUCAUAGCAUUGUUACAACAGCAUAAAUCUCAGAAACCUCCACAGACACAAGUACCAUGAUGUAUCUGAGAAUACCAGAGAUCUAUUUUGUUUAUUUAUUACCAUGUCAGCUUGUUCUCUUUCUACCUUACUGUACAAUGGAGCAAUGCUGUCCAUCCUCAGUGUAUCAGUGAUCACAUUUAUAUGUGGAAGGAUAUGAAAAAAAUAAGCUAAGCUAAUCAGGCUCACUGAUUAGUGAAACAGGAUGCUAAGAGUUAACAGUGGGGUAAUCGGUGUUGGGACCCUGAUCCACACUGAUUGGUCCACAGCCAAUUCAUGUUAGAGCAGCGCCUAAAAACUAUAUUUUAUAUAGUUUUUCGAUAUGAUGAUGUGAAAAAAUGUGGCGUGAAACCUUCUGCACUGAUAAUUUACAGCCACUAAUAAAUAGGCAGCUGUACCCUGCAGACUUGAAUUGUAAUGUUGAAACAGUACAUGUUACAGCAACAUGACCACAGUACUUUGUGUAUAUUCUAUAUAAAGCAGGCUGAUUGUUUGGUGUAUGUUGAAGUGCAUAUUUAGCCGUUUCUGACAGUAGGAUUCAUCCAUGAAUGAGUAUAGUGGUUACUCAGGAGUUUUUUUAUUUCAAAAAUUAUUAUUUUAUAUUUGGAAGUUCGUGGAGGUUCACUAAAAACAAAAGUAUGGAGGUAGUAUUUAAAAAAUUUGAGCAGGAUUUUAAAGCUUGCAGGGUAAGCACAAGACAAUUUAAGAGUGAGUGCCUCCAGAGAAACUUUAUCUCUGUACUGUAUUUGAGUGAGCACAAGGACUCCUGCAGCAUGCUGUCUUCAAAGCUACUCACUCAGAUUUGGAAGUUUUUUAUUCUUCUUAUGCAAAAUUUGCAAAAUCCACUGGAUUUGACCUGGAAGCACUAAAUGUAAAACAGGAUUUUGAUUACAGUUGUUUGAAAGCAACCUUUUACAUUGUUCAAGUGCUCAGAAUCUCAGAAAACAGAAGAUUUGUUAGUGCAGAUUCGGCAUAUAUAUUUGUUGCUGUUUGCUCUCAGAACUUGACUUUUUGAUCUCAGCUUGAAUUUGUUAGCUAUGUCAUUCAUAAAGUUCAUUAGAAAUACAUAAUUGUGUACCUUGAAGGAGUAAGUAAGUAGGAAAUAUGUGUACAAUAACUGAUUUUAAUUUUUGGAGAAUUGUCUUUCUCUGGUGGCUAUCCUUUGUUCCAUUCCAUUUGUCAGUGUAAAUUAGUCGGUCUGUUACUUUUAUAGUGUUAUAAAAGUUCCUUUUGUGCUCCACUUCUGGACGUUAUGUUGUUGAGUUCAAAUGGCGUUUUAAAAUAUUAAACAGGCCUGCCUUAA